UAGGCUACACCAGGACGACUGAACGGUGUAGCUCAAUAUGGCUCUUGCGGACGAUUGCUACAAUAAAUUUCGAUUUCAUCACUUGACUCCGUAUCUCGUGACAAUUGUGAGCCUGUUGUUGAUUCUUAUUCUACAUCAGUUCGUAGUUAUCAACGAAUUUCAAAUCAUCCAUUUCAAACAUCUACAAGGAGAGAAGAAACUGUUGGUUGUUUCAGCUGCUAACGAGUUCCCAUCUGCUGGCCAAUUUAAUUCCCUUUGUAGUUUGGAUGCGGAUCGAAGAGGUCCUCAUCAAAAAGUCAUUUCCUAUUCCAUCUACGGCAACUUUUCGCAGACGAAUGUUUCUAACAAAUAUUUGAAACCAUUUGGAAAUACAAUUAAUGCGAUUCCCGUCAUCUACCCAGGUUGGAUUGUAAGGAUUUAUCACAAUUUGACAACCGACGACGUCGAGUCUUGGGAAAUCCUCAAGAAGUCUCUGGACUUGGGCGGACGCCACGUCGAUUUGUGCAACGCAACGGAGAUUAUCCAACAGCAAAAUUUGGGCGAUAUUUUUGCCAUGACCUGGCGCUGGUUACCUUUGCUUGAUGACAUGGUGGACACGCUCAUGUCGAGGGACUCGGACAGUCACAUAAUACCUCGUGAACAGGAGGCCGUCAAUGAAUGGCUAGCCAGCGACAGAAUUUUCCAUAUAAUGAGAGACCAUCCUUGGCACUGCCGAUUUAUUGUUGGGUGUUGUUGGGGAGUCAAAGUCAGCCAGGAUCGUUCCACAAUUGUUGGCGCCGCAAGGAAAAUGUUUACCGAAAAUCAUUUGCACGAGUACGACUACGACCAGAAACUGCUAGAUAGACUCAUUUGGCCGAUAGCGACAACUAAUAUGAUGGCGCACGAUAGCUACUGCUGCGAAAAAAUUCCUUCCAGCCGGCCGUUCCCGACGCAGAGAAAAGAUGGUUUCUUCAUUGGAUGGAGAGCAGUACCGAAAGAAGAACUUCAGUUUCCAUGCCCGCAACGAUGCCGCCCAGCCAACGUCACAUCCCCAUCAGAUUGGAAUUUUUGUUGAACUUGCGAUGGCAUUCAAAAAGAAUUCUUGGGCCAAUUAUAACCCCAUGUAAUUCGUGUUCACAGCAAAUGGAUUUAUUUGUCUUCUUGUGAAUAUAUAGCUGAAUCGAGAGUGAAAGUGAUUAUAAUACAAGUAAUAUAAGUUAAUAUAAGUUUAUACAGUCCUUAA